CCCCGGGCCGGCUCCGCCGGGAUCCCCGGGCCGGGCCCGCCAUGGCCGCCGCCUUCCCGGCCGUUACCGGGGCAACGCCGCCGCUGUCGCGAGAGCGCGCGCGGGAAGUGACGCGCCGAGCGGGCACCUCAGGGGAGGAGCCAUGCCCAGGAUCACUCUGAACGGGAUCACAGUGGAUUUCCCCUUCCAGCCCUACCCGUGCCAGGAAGCCUACAUGGCCAAGGUGCUGGAAUGCCUGCAGAAGAAGGUAAAUGGCAUUUUGGAGAGCCCCACAGGCACAGGGAAGACCCUGUGCCUGCUGUGCUCCACCCUGGCCUGGCGGGAGCACUUCAAGGACACCAUCUCAGCCCGGAAAAUCGCGCAGCGCAUGAACGGCGUGGAGCUCUUUCCUGACAGACCUGUGUCCUCCUGGGGCACUGCUGCCACAGAUGGAGAUGUCCCAACUUAUUACACUGACAUUCCCAAAAUAAUUUAUGCCUCCAGGACUCACUCCCAGCUUACACAGGUCAUUAAUGAGCUAAAGAACACAGUGUACAGGCCAAAGGUUUGUGUGCUGGGGUCCAGGGAGCAGCUCUGCAUCAAUCCUGAAGUGAAGCGACAGGAGGGCAACCACAUGCAGAUCUACAUGUGCAGAAUGAAAGUGAUGGCUCGUGCUUGUCAUUUCUAUAACAACGUGGAAGAAAAGAGUACAGAGAAAGAACUCAUUGAGUCAAUCAUGGAUAUUGAAGACUUGGUUAAAAAUGGAAACAAGCACAGAUCUUGUCCUUAUUAUCUCUCUCGAAGCCUGAAGCAACAAGCAGACAUUAUUUUUAUGCCUUACAACUAUUUACUGGACUCAAAGAGCAGGAAAUCCCACAACUUGGACCUGAAGGGGACUGUGGUGAUACUCGAUGAAGCUCACAAUGUGGAGAAGUUGUGUGAGGAGUCCUCUUCUUUUGACUUGACUCCCUAUGAUCUGGCUUCAGCAAUGGAUGCAAUAAAUAUUGUCCUGGAGGAGCAAGCCAAGGUGGUUCAACAGAAUGAAAUCAAUGCUGAAUUCAACAUGGAGUUGGCCAGUUCAGGACUGAACAUGGAACUGGAAGAUAUAGCAAAGAUCAAGAAAAUUCUUCUUCAGCUUGAAAGUGCUAUUGAUGCAGUGGAGCUGCCAGCAAAUGGUAAUGGAGUCACCAAAGAGGGAAGCUACAUCUUUGAUCUGUUUGCACAGGCCCAAAUAACACUGCAGACCAAAUGCUCCCUCUUGGAGUCACUGGAGCAGAUUUUACAGUUUCUUUCAGGCCGUACUGGGAUAUUUGUCAAUACAUCUGGAUUGCAUAAGGUCUCAGAUAUUAUCCAGACAGUGUUCAGCAUGGAUCCCCCAGAAGGAGUCACAACAGGGUUCCUGCCACGUCAGGCAGUAUCUAAAUAUUACAAGGUACAUAUUCAUGUGGAUAAUGGUAAUCAGAAAAAGAAACAAAGGACAGAUCUCUGGAACUCAUCAUCUUCAAAAAAACAAGGGAAGACUUUAAGCUAUUGGUGUUUCAGCCCUGGGUACAGCAUGCACGAGCUCGUCCGGCAGGGAGUCAGGACAAUCAUCCUCACCAGUGGGACCCUCUCCCCCCUCUCAUCAUUUACAAUGGAAAUGCAGAUCCCUUUUCCUGUUUGCCUGGAGAAUCCUCAUGUGAUUGAUAAACACCAGCUCUGGGUUGGGAUCAUUCCAAAGGGACCUGAUGGAACUGUGCUUACUUCCACCUAUGAAAGAAGGUUUUCAGAGGAUUAUUUAUCUUCUCUGGGGAAAACAAUUGGUAACCUUGUGAGAGUUGUGCCACAUGGGCUGUUGGUGUUCUUCCCAUCGUAUCCUGUCAUGGAUAAGAGCCUGGAAUAUUGGAGAGAGCAUGAUUUUGCCAAAAGAAUAGAAGACGUGAAGCCGAUGUUUGUGGAACCCAGGAACAAAGGAAGCUUUUCAGAGGUUAUUGAUGCCUACUAUGAUAAAGUCGCCUGUCCUAAGUCCAAUGGAGCUGCUUUUUUGGCAGUGUGUCGGGGCAAGGCCAGUGAAGGCUUGGACUUUGCAGACAUAAAUGGACGAGGAGUCAUCAUUACUGGGCUUCCAUUUCCCCCUCGUAUGGAGCCCAGAGUUAUUUUAAAGAUGCAAUUCCUGGAUGAGAUGAGGAGAAGUGGUGCAGGUGCACAGUAUCUGUCUGGGCGUGAGUGGUACAGUCAGCAAGCGUCCCGGGCUGUCAACCAGGCCAUCGGCCGGGUCAUCAGGCACCGCCAGGACUACGGGGCCAUCUUCCUGUGUGACCACAGGUUCACAACUUGUGAUGUCAGGGGCAAACUGCCUUCGUGGGUCCGUCCCUACGUGAAUGUUUACGACAACUUCGGGCACGCGGUCAGAAGUGUCUCCCUCUUCUUCCGUGUUGCUCAAGAAAUUAUGCCCCCACCCCUGCCUCAGUGCCCUCCUGGACAUGCUGGUUCCCUAAGUGAAAGCAGUGCAGCACCAUCUACUUCAUCUGAGCAGAUCCUCUCCCUGCAAAAAGCUAAAAACCUGGAUGAUCAUGUUCCAAGCUUGAAGAGGAAAAGGAAAGGAAAUGCAGAUGGAGCACCCAGCCUGUGUGUGGAAUAUGAACAAGAGUUUGUCUCGCCCCGAAGAAAAUGCCUUGGGCUCUUGGACGCCUUGGAGCGCAGUGAGAAGGGCAGUGAAGAUGCAGAGGAGGAAACUGAUCUGCCAGGAGAGGAAAAGGCACAUCGGCUGUCCACACUUUCCCUUCAGUAUGAGAAGAGAUUAACAGAUGAGCAGAAAGGAGGAAGGAAGAAAAUAAAGCUAGUCAGCAAUACACACCUGGCAAAUGAAACUCAUCCCGAAGCUGAUAACAUCCAAGAGAAGAUAGAAGGAAGAGAACAGGAGCGGAGAGCGGAGCCGGCGGAGCCCAAGAAGGCGCGAGCCACGUUUUACAUCGCCACUGUCAAGGACACCCUGAGCCAGCAGAACUAUGAGCUCUUCUCCAAGGCUCUGCAGCAGUACAAGAAGACAGAUGACUUCCAUGCCAUGCUGUCCCAGAUGAGCUCCCUCUUUGUGGAGGAUGAAAAAAAGCACGUCUUGCUGCGAGAUUUUUACCAGUUUGUCCGACCCCAGCAUAAAAAGCAGUUUGAUGAAGCGUGCUGCAAUCUGACUGGAGUGGGCUGUGGCUACAAACCUGAGCACAGCCUCCCACGGGAGGAGAGGGAGAUCCUGGCCAAGAGAAUGGAGGAAAAACAGAGCCAGCAGAAAAGUACAUUCUCCAAGGCCUCGUGUGCUCAGCUGAACCCAGGGCUCCACCUGAACCAAGGAGGAUCCCACUUGGCAACAGGACUGAAUAGUGCAGGGCAGAAUGCCAGUGCAGCUCCAAGCAAAGAGGCUGAAAAGGCUCCAGGCUCCAGGAGAGAGCAUCACCAGGCCCUCAGGACUGCCUAUCUCAGUGAUGUGCAGAGAGCUUUGGACAAAAGCAGCUACAGCCAGUUCUACCAGGCUCUGCUGGCUUACAAGAAGACAGAUAAUUACGAUGCCAUGGUGUCAGUGAUAGCAGCCCUCACCACUGAGAGGCCACAGGACUUUCAUCUCCUACAAAGGUUUUACAUGUUUGUGCGUCCUCACCACAAAGAGCAGUUCAGAGAGCUGUGUAAGGGUUUGACUGGAAUGGUCUGUGGUGAUGGAGAGAAGCAGCUGCAACAGUUGGAGCAAAGUGAAGGGAAACCCCAGAGCUUGGAGAGCUGCACAAAAGGAAUCAGCCACAUACAAGACGCAGCCCCUUCUAAGAGUGGGGCACCAGAAAAAAUUCAGAGUAAGAUUUCCUCCUUCUGCUUCAGCCAGAAAAGUGAACUUGAGUUCCCAAAGAUUGCAGUGUCCAAAGAAACCAAUAAUGUGAGAGCACCCACAGACUCUGGAGUUGUGCCCAUCUUUCCCCUGGAGAUGGAACCAGAGUGUGGAAGAUUCCACUGCUCUAACUGCAAAUCCAAGGAUGAUGUGCCUUUUAAAUGCCCAUUAUGUGACUUCACUUGCUGCAAAAUGUGCUGGAAGCAGUUCUUAAAGGUGGUGAGGAAGUGCCCCAAGUGCAGCAGUGAUGUGAAGAGGCAGCGAUUGAUCCAAGUUUUCUUCUGGUCCUGAUGCCACCCCAGAAAGGGCAGGAAGCCCUUUGUGCCAGCAGAAGGCAGAGGCUGUGCUCUGGCUCUUGCUGAGCAGGAGCAGGAUGGAGGUUCCUUUAAAUCCCUGAGAUCCUUGGCUCUGCCCUGGGAGCUGAGCACCAGCACAGAUCAUUUUCCAGCAAAGGUGGUCAAGUCUGAAAGGUCUCACUGCAGGAGACAAAGCAGAACAUUGGCCUCUGUUAGAACUAAGAAAGUUUUUUUUUUACUUAUUUUAUUCCCUGAAUUCUCCUGUGGCCACUCUUAGGCUGAAAUUUUAUAUCCUGGAGACAGCUGUCAUUUUAUGGGCCCUUCAGGUAAUUCCAGAUCAUGGAAAAACCCCAGGAAUGCUCCUGCAAUGGAACUGAGCUGGCUGAGGAUGCCAGAUUACCCAUCCCUAACCCACUGGUGUUCCUGGAAGAGGUGAUUCACAUCCACUCUGUGGGGUUUGGCAGCAGCCAUUGUCUCCAACAGCAGAAGACACUGAAAGGAUCAUUUUUGCAGAUUUUUUACAGAAUUCCACUGGUGGAUGGUGAGCUCCUCUCACCUGCAGUGCAUCCCAAAGCCUGAUCCCAUCAUCCACCAUGGUGGGAUUUUUUGGAACAUGCUUCUAAGGAGGCUUUAUUCUUCACUCAGUGCUGGUGUUUCCACGUGUCUGUGCUACCUGAUUUGCUUUCCAAGAAGAAAGAUCUAAAUAUUUUAAAAUAUUUACAUUAAUCAAGUUAGAUGUGUUAAAAAAAAUUCCUUAAUAUUUCCACUCUCUGUGAGUAGUGGAUAUAAGUGGUUAACCUAAAAAGUUGUAUCAAUUUUAAAUCUUCUGUAACUGCUGUAAAUUAGGCUGUAAAAUAAAAACAUUUUGUCUAAAUUUUCUUUGGUUUGAUUAAAAAAACAGGAAUUAAAAAAACCCAAACCAAACAUAUAAAAACCUUGGCUAUUGAGUCCUAAUGGCCCUGGUAGGAGCAAGUGGAAAGAUUGUACUCUGGUUUUCAUAUCAAUGGAAUUUGGAAAAUUUUAUAUUAAUAAAAUUUUAUUGUUAAUAAAAUUGAAAAGUGAGGUGCAUUUUAAAAAUUUUCCAAUUUCUCCUGGUUGUAGAAUUCAAACCCAGUGUCUCUUCAAAUCUCAGAGUUGCUGGCAGUGAAAUGGAAACUUUUGUACUUCACUAACAGUUAACAGAGGCUUAGGCAGGAAUUGAGGUAGUUCUGGGCUAUCACAUAUUCUGUCCUGUUUAAUUUUGUGGAUGAAUAUUACCUUCUAGCUGUGUAUUCAGUGCAGCAAAACAAGAAUAAACAAUGCAGAUAAAGUCCUGG